GUUACAUACGGAUGCCUUCAAUAUAUACUGAAUUUGUAAACAAUGCGGGUAAUUAUAGAAUCUGAAUGUUCGCUUUUAUAUUUCGCUCAACAUUGACGCAAAAUCCUACUUUUCAUCGACUCACUUUACAUCUGGGGCAUUGGCAUCGCCGAACGGUGGUGCAAGUAGACUGGUACACUGCUGCUGCAUCUACCAUGCACUAAAACCGGGACCCGCUACUGUCGUCGUAGACUAGUCCACCUGUAGAUUAAAAUCUGAAUCUGAAGUUGUGAUCUCGAGAAUUUGCGUCAGUCUCGAUACCUAUCCAAGAUGGAAGCGCAGUUGUCACUAGCUUUUGCCCGCCGACGUCAGCCGUGGGCGGACGAGGAAACCACCAUCCUUCUGGAUAUCUGGUUAGAAAAGUUUAACGGCCUCAACUCGUAUGACCUCUGGCACCUGUAUCAGUCCAUAGCCACCGAGAUCAGUAAUCGAGGCUUCCGGAAAAACGCUGCGCAGUGUCGCACGCGCAUGAAGACGUUGAAACGCUUGUUCAAACAAAGUAGAGCGUCGCGUAGGAUUGGUGGACUUGAGGGGAAAUUUUACCGGAAAAUCGAACAAGUAAUCAAUUUAAAUAAAAGCAGCGAGUGUUUUUCGUUAAACGUAAUAUAUGACAAUGUGGAGACAGACGGCUUUGAUAUUGUAAAAUCCGAGAUCGUUUCUGACGGCGACAGUGAUCAGUCUUUUCAAAACCACGAUAGUUUCUCAGCUGUUAGAGAUGAAUACCAGAAGCUGGUAUAUCGUGGAUCUACCAGUUCACCGGUUGACGUGUGGGGAUACAGUAGCCAUUGUAACCAACACCUUGAUAGUCAAAUACAGCAGCUGCUUCAGUCUCGCAGUGGCCAAACAGCAGUUAACCAAUCAGAUUUUGUGGAAACAAACCACCACAACCCUAACCCUGACAGUGGUGGAAAUGCAAUGGUUCAUGAACAGCCAACACUGUCUGCUAAAGAAUCGGACCACAAAGUCUUAGGUGCAGAAAUUCUAUCGUCUCUUGAUAAUGGAGUCACGUGCAACCAUAUUAAAGACACCUGCAGUUCGAGCAGUCUGUAUGGCCAAACCGGCCACGAUUGUAACCAGAGGAAAGACACAAAUCAAAUCUUGGUUAUGCAAAACGAUUCACGCGAAACUAAUCCGUCGCCUAACUUAUCGGUUCGUCCAGAACAAGAAAUGAUUGACAGUGUCAGAAGUAAAAUGGUCAUGGCGAAGAGUUGGUCUAAUCCAGUUAACGAAAGCGAUGCAAGGAAACGUCUGGAUUGUGGUGAUCCUCUACAACGUGAGUCGCAUUUUAUUAGUUCUAACAAGAAACCAACAUCUGGACGUUCUGAUUGCCCUUCUGCUCGAGACAACUCGAGUUUGAAUAAUCUACAUCCUUCUCAAUCGCAGUCGUGUGAUUUCCUUAAUGAUCAAAAUCAUGCUGAAAAUAGUCUCAGCUUUUCUUCUGAGGCAAAUCAAAACGAAUCUACAAAUAAUGUGUCGUUUGCUAAGAGUAUGUUGGAUAAUCUGUACAGUUUACAGCGAACUCUUGUCUCCAUUGUCGGUCAGCAGGCUGUGUUGACUGAAAAACUUGCCGACACAGAGAAAGAACGUCUUGCGGUGCGCCUCAAGGAGGCAGAAAUUGAGCUUCUAAAGCAAGAAAACGAAAAGGAGCGAAUGGCAAUGGAAGAAAGACAAAGAAGAGAAGACAGAGACCACCAAUAUAAAGUGAUGCAGCUUGUGAUAGGUGGGCUGGGUCUGACGUCAUCAGGGCGGGAAGUCGCCAAUGGUUCAAACAUAAUAAAUGAAGACAAAUAAAACAAUUACCGAUAA